CACUAUUCAUGCUCCUAGCAGUACUACUGACAGAACAGACGUAAAUACAGACUUCCAUGCAGUAUAGAUUUCUCCCAGUGUGAGAUGAGGAUCCAGCAGUAGGAGCAGCGCUUAAUGGAUCAGCAGGUUUCUGAAGACGAUCUGGGUCGACGGGUAUCCUGUGAUGGAGAAGUGGGCACGGUGCGAUACGUAGGUCCGGUUCCUCCCACAGCAGGUUUGUGGCUUGGUGUUGAGUGGGACAAUCCAGAAAGAGGCAAACAUGAUGGAAGCCAUGAAGAAGUCCGCUAUUUCACCAGCAGACACCCAACAGGUGGAUCGUUUGUGCGACCGAAAAAAGCCAGUUUUGGUGUGGAUUACCUGACCGCAGUGAAACAGCGCUAUGAGAUGGAGCUGGAUCAAGCGAUUGGGGAGGAAGUCACCAUUUCUACCAAAACUGUGAAGAUGGUUGGGUUUGAAUCCAUUUUAAAAAAGCAGAGAAUGGAGAAUCUUACAGAGAUCGUCCUGAUGAAUUGUGAAGUGUCCAGUCCCGGUCCUGAAAAUGAAAUCAGAAAAUACACACCCAAUGCUGUUUCUUUAGAUCUGUCAGGAAAUCUUCUGAGCUCCUGGGAGGUCGUUGCUGCUAUUACAGAGCAGCUAGAUUAUCUGCAAGUACUCGGCCUUAGUAAUAAUCGACUGCAGAUCAGCCCAAACGUGUCAAACCUCAGUCAUGUCUUCUCUCGACUAAGGGUCCUUACACUUAACAGCUGUGCUAUCAACUGGUCUCAGGUGCUCCAGUGCGCCUCCAUGUGGCCACAAUUAGAAGAGCUUUAUCUUAACAACAACGAUAUAACGGAAUUGCAAAGGCCAGUCGAUGUGCUACAAGGUUUAAAAGUUCUUAAUCUAUCCAACAACAGUUUAAUCCAGGAAAGUUUACUAGAAAUAUCACAUCUGUCCAGGUUGGAGACACUUAUUCUUUCAAGCACUGGAAUAUCUGUGAUUUACUUCACUGACACAGUACCAGGUGCCAAGACAUCAGCGUUCCCUGCACUGAAGAUUCUUUUACUAGAUGACAAUAAAGUUGCUCAGUGGGAUGUAAUUAACGAGCUGGAUAAGCUGAGGAGUUUGGUGCAGUUGUCCUGUAAGAGAAAUCCUGUGCUGGACUUGGAGAAGAACCAUGAGACGACUCGGCAGCAGUUGAUCGCACGCAUCAGCCAGCUGGAGAUCCUCGACAGGAGUCAGGUCCUGCCGGAAGAGAGGAGAGGUGCUGAGCUGGAUUACUGCAAGAAAUUUGGACGUGCUUGGCUUCAGGCUGGGGGCCACGGUGACCCGCACCAGAACCGACCCAGUGCAGAGUUCAUAGCCCAGCAUCCCCGCUACCUUACACUAAUACAGAAGUACGGCGCACCAGAGGAAGAUGAGCUCAAGGAGGAGAAACCGUUCGCUCUUAAGGAUCAACUGCUGACAAUUACAUUCAAGUGUCCUGAGGAUGCAGACAGGAAACCCUUACAGAAGAAGCUUCCAGGCUCUAUGAUCAUUCAGAAAGUAAAGGGGCUGCUGUAUAGAUUAUUGAAGUUACCAGGUGCAGAACUUCGUCUCACCUACACCAGCUCAAAGAUGGAGGGUAAAGAGAUCGAGAUCGAUAACGACCUGAAGCCUCUGCAGUUCUUUUCGAUAGAGGAUGGAGACACAGUUCUGGUGCGCUGGUCCUGAGGACACUGCUGAUGGACACUAAUAGACUCGGCUGAAGCUAGUCACUUUUUAAGCAACACUCAUUUAGAACUCUGUACAAUCUGUUUGCUUUUUUCCUCUCUCACACCAACUAGAAUUUACUGCAGAAUUUACAGAGCGAAUGGAGGAUCCGGUUCACAUGGGCGUUCUGGUCUUGGUGUCAUUGUAUCACGUCAUGCUAAUAAAGAAUGAUGUGGGGACAAUAAAACAUUAUAAAUUGAUAAACAUUUAUAAAUUGA